AGACGUGCAGGGUUCAGGGAGGGAAGCGUCAUGGCUGCUCCAGGUACAUUGUAAGCCCUUUCCUGCUGCCAGUUAAAGCUUGCUCCAUCAUUCUGAAAACUUGUGAAACGACGAAGGGCUUCAGGAUAGAUGCAAUAAGGAAGUAGUAUGGCAGCAAUGAAUGGAACGGGAGGAGGCACUAAGUUCUUACCCCAUGAAAUGAUGGUUCCUCCAGUCAAGCUUACUGAAGCUUUAAAUUUAAGAGAACUGUCGUCUGAGUCAGGCACACUGUUUGAGGUGGCAUCUCAACCAACAGAAGACUAUUGCCCCCAACAGCAACAAGCAAACUUUUUUGAUGACAUCUCUCUCAUCUCUAGCCUUAGCCUCAUGGGUACAGUUGAUGAAGAUGAAAACAAUUUGUCAGAUGCAGGAGAUGAGGAACCUUUUGAGCGUCUGGCACAUCGGAUGAUGGACAUCUCUGGGGAUGGUGGAGUGCUCAAGAUGGAGGUGAAGGCUGGAGUUGGUGAGGCCAUUCCUGAAAGGGCUAGUGUAACCUUCCAUUACACUGCCUUUUUGGAGCACAAUGAUGAACCGUUUGACUCUUCCCUUUUACGGGGCUUCCCUGAUAGGAAGUUACUUGAUGUUGGAGAGUUGUUGCCUGGCCUCAACUUAGCAAUCAAAACAAUGAGGUGUGGUGAAACAUCUAGGUUCCUUAUCUGGCCCCAUUAUGCUUUUGGAAAGACAGGAUGUCCACCCAGGAUCCCAGGGGGUGCAGUGCUUCUCUAUGAGGUCCAGUUGGUGAGUGCUGUAGAUCAUGCCGCAGCUGACUCAUUUCAGGAUCUAGAUGUAGAAAAGCAAAAUACUACAACCUUCAAGGAGAAGCUGGAAGCAGCUCAAGCCUACCACCGACAAGGCAAUCACCAUUACAGUGAAGGAAACAUAAGUGGUGCUAAGAACUCCUACUACCGUGCUGCCUGGAUCAUGGAGAAUUGUGCCUUGAAGGACAGAGAGGAGGAGCUACAAAGAGGCCACAUCCUGAUCAGACUGAGGAGCAACUUAGCACAGGUUUACUUAGAAUUGAAGGAACCAGCUCGUGCCUGUACUCAAUGCAAGAUGGGACUAUCUGUGACUGGAGAACAUUCAAAAGAUAUUAUUGCCAAGCUCAAUUUUAGGUUAGGGAAGGCCAAGGGUCUUCUUAAUGACUUCUCAGGUGCAAAGAAAUUCUUGCACCAGGCCCUGUCCCUCAAACCAGGCUGUGAUGAAAUCAUAGAAGAGCUGGAGGCUGUAGUCAAGCGUGAAGAGAAGUGGGCUGCUAGAGAGCGGUUCAUGUGCCAGCAGAUGUUUAACUCCAGUGCAACUGCAGAGCACAAAGGUCAGGCCAGCGGUAUGGUACCAAGGGCAUUUGAAAAGCAAUGAAAUACUAUCAGGGUGCAAGAUGGAGCCUUCAAACACAGCCAGAAAUCUUAAGACAGCUAAGUAAAGUGAGUUAAUACAUACAAGUAUUUUAUAUAAAUGGCAUUUUUCAUUUCUGUGUUCCAGUAUUGAAGUUGAUCUUUUGCUUGCAAGGCUAAUGGAGAGUUGAUACAUUUAUCAUAGUGAUCCAUGUGAAAAACUACAGUUCUCAUUGUAUUAAUAAUCUUUUGUUGCAUCAUGAGGAAAUAGCUAUAGGUGACCUACAAGAUUCCUUUUCAAGAGGUCGACAUAGUGACCUUAUCAUCUUGCUGGAGUGCAGGAAGGGACCAAGGAAAUUGUAAUUAACCCAUGCAGUGAUGGGCUUUGCCAGGGAUAGGGGUUUAUUCUGAUUGCACUUUUUUCAUACAUUUUUUUAUUUGCCUCUUAAAAUUAUAAUAGAAUAGCAUUUGAUAUAGACUGAAUUAUUCCAAUACCGUGAAUGGAAAUGUGGCUACCUUGCAAUGUUUCUCUCUCUCUCUCUCUCUCUCUCUCUCUCUCUCUCUCUCUCUCUCUCUCUCUCUCUCUCUCUCUCUCUCUCUCUCUCUCUCUCUCUCUCUCUCUCUCUCUCUCUCUCUCCACAGCUCACAAUAUUGCACUAGAGAUGUGAAAUUUUAUUAUUACAAAUAUUUAAAUCUCUUAUUCUCACCCGUACUUUUCACUAUCUUAUGGUGUGUGUAAUAGAUAAAUAAUUUGCACUACAAAUAUCAAUGAAUUACCAAGAAUUGUAUGUUCAUCAUUGAUUUAGUUAGUUAGGUUUUUGUAUCCAAGUUUAUUAUUUGUUCUGCUUCAAAUAUGUUUUCUUUUGUAAAUCCAAACAAAGGAAUAUUUUGUUUAUAAUUUUGAAAAGUUUUCCAUCUGAUGUAUUGGCUUUUUUUAUCUAUUAUUUAUGUGUUGAAUUAUGUUGUUCACCAUUACUUUCCUUUAGAUAAAGGUUUGGAAUAUU